UGCUGACCGGGGUCGGCAGUACAUGAACAAUCACAUACAAUCACCCCGAAACUCAAAUCGCGAUAGCUCUGCAAACAAAUUAGUUAUGUCAAAAGUAAAAGGAAUCAAAUGUAUAGUUGAUAUUAGUAUACUAAUUUCACACCGAUUUAAAAGUCUCAAACAGGAAAGUCGCAAAUUUUGCUGUUAUAGUGGGUGUUAGUGGGUUUGAUAGCGCUUGCAACUUUCUUUUUUGUUGGAAGAUUUCGAGGCUCGAUAACCACGUGUUAUGUUGACAGUUGUGUUUAAUUUAAAAGACCAACACAUAUAAUUAAAGUCCUAAGUCAGAUACUGCUUUUCAGUCUACUUUAGCUUAUUUAGUGGCAACGUUAUCGACGUU